UAUUCGUGAAUGUACACACGCCACCCACGUCAAAACAUUGGAAUUGAAGUGACGUUUACACAUUUUAGGGUCGGUGCUACAAUUUUGCGAAAAAAUCGCCACGCAGCAUGGGAGAUGCAUCAGUUUCUGACCCGGAGUCCAAUAAGCCAAGCCCCGGAAGCGAGGCGCCCCCUGAGCAGGACCGGCGUCCUUUCGGCGGUUUGGAGUUCCAAGUUUCAGAAGUAGUAGGCCGUUUGGAGGCGGGAGUUAACGCUCAGGAUGUUCAAGAUGAGGAAAAGAAGCCAGAGCCGCGAAAGAUCAGCGCUGGCUUCUUUGAGCCAGAAGAAACAUCAAUGGAUGAGAUACUGAAGGUUUUGGAAGACUUGGUGUUGAAGACAGACCCUAGUUGUGAGAGUGUGGAGCCGCCGCUGUUGCCUACAGAUGCGGUGACGCGAGCUGCGAUACUGUCGCACAGUAUAUCCGCUUUAUUUGGAAGGUUGGAGCGGAGUCAUGCAGCAAGGCUUGGUGCUCACAUUGCUAGUGAAACAACAAGAUGGAUGUCUCAUAUGUUCAGACUAGCAGACUACAAUGCGUACUAUCACCAGGAACAGCUAGAGGGUCUGGUGAGGGUCACCCGAAUGUUAUUACACCACAGAUACCCGAGGUAUUUGGAGGAUGGAGCGAUAGCGUUCACAAAUCGCUUGCCUUGCAUAUACAGCUGCGUGGCGAGCCCGCUCGGCGUGGUGCAACACUUGUGCAGACAACUUGGCCUGCCACUAGCAUGCGUCAGACCUGUGCCAGUACAUCCAUCAGGUCGAGGGAUGGACAUAGAGGCUCUAGAAAAACUAUACGAUGAAGAUAUAAACGCGAAUAGAACCCCACUCUUAGUGCUAGGCGAGGUUGGGGCCCCACCUCUGGGAUGGGGCACUCCACUGGCGUUACUUGGUGAAAUGUGCUCUCAAAGAAACUUGCACUUACAUGUUAGAGGGCAUGCGCUCGCGUUGCCGGGCGCCUCGUCGAAAGAUGAGUCUUUCAGUAUACCAGAUUCGGUGACACUCACACCUGGGCCAUGGUUCGGUGUUCCAGGACUGCCAACUGUUACGUUUUACAAAAUACCCGAAGCUAUCACAGCUAACGACCAGUCGAAAGUGGUGAGCGCAGCGGGUAGCAGAGAAGGAGCGCUAGCAGCGUUAGCCGGGUUGACGGGCGGCGGGGCGCGGAUCCCGGCGCUGCCGCUGUGGACGUGUGUCCGCGCGGCGGGGGCGCGGGCGCUGCAGCAGCGACUCACGGCCGCAUUCCGCUCCGCACGGGCAGUGCACGCCGUCGUCGCUAAUGCGGGGCUCAGGUUACUGAGCGAAAGACCGGGUGGCGAUGAACCGCCAAAUGUAGGAAUUGUGGAAGCGAUAAGCCACGCGUCAGCUUGCGUGGCGUUCCAGUUCGCCCCGCCAGGCACGGAGAAACCGCCGCCGUAUUACGACAAACUCAACUCUUGGCUUGGACAGGUGCUACAGAGAGAGGCUGACAUGAUAAGUAUAGAAGUAUGCGAGACAGAAGCACACGGGGUAGUGUUACGGUACUGUCCGCUAGAGGGCGCGGGCGCGACGGUAGCGGACGGGGGCGGGGGGGCGGACGCGGGCGCGUGGGGCGCGCUGCUGGAGGCGCAGCUGGGCGUGCUGGGCGCCACCGUGGCGCUGCGCCCCGCCUUCCACGACCGCGUGCGGGCGCGGCCCGGCCUGCAGCUCGUACAUGUGCCCGGAUGGGCUGGUCUGGGCGGAGUCCGCUACAUCCCCCCCGGCUGGGAGGAGGCGGCGCCCGAGGAACUGAACUCGCUCAACAGACAACUCGUCGACACGCUGCGCGCCACCGACGGAGCCUUCUCCUGCGGCGACGGCGACGAUGGCAUGGCCUGCGUCAGAUUCGGCAUGGUGACGGAAGACACAGACGUAGACGAGUUACUGGACCUCGUUAUAUCUGCUGGUAAAGAAGUGGAAGAGAGCAGCCGAGCACUCACUAACAUGACUGAAGUAUUGAAGAAAGGUAUCGAGGAGGCGCAGGCGGACCUGGAGCGCGAGAACGCGGAGCGGCUGUGGCAGGAGGGGCUGCUGCGGCGCGUGCCCGUGGUGGGCCGCGUGGUCCAGUGGUGGGCCCCGCCGCCCCCGCCGCCGCCCGGCCGCCGCCUGCAUCUCGCGCACGGCACGCUGCAGACCACCGCCGACCUCUACAGUCGCGUUCAAAACAAAAGUAAUUCAGAACCUGCGCGUGCGCACUCACCGACGAGACAAACGCAAGCCGCUGAGGAAGAAGAGUAGCUAGUAGCCAGUUAAGUGUAUGUCCAUACCUUGGCCCAACAUAAUGGCUAUGCAAGUUUGUAAAUAAAAUGUUGGCCAAACUAUUCGACCAAUGUCCAAAUGCUUGCAAGAUUGGUCUGCAAGUAAUUGAGAGAACUGCAAUCUAACCUACUAACUAUUCGAAGUCAGUCAAACUGACGAUACCAAAGAUUGCGUAUUUAAAUAAAAAAUACUAUUAGAAUUUGUAUUUAAAUAAAAAAUACUAUUAGAAUUUGUAUUUACUAGUUUAUUUGUAUUGUAUUGUAUUGUAAAUUGCUGCAGAUCUCAAAAAAAAAACAAAUGUUUGUAUUAUUGUAGAGGUGCUGCAGGGCCACGGACGGACGCUCUGUUAAGGCAAAGAGUAUUUAUUAGACAUCGUCGGCUGUAGCCAAAAAGUGUUCAUUCAGCUAAUUGAAAUCAAAAUUACUGUAUGAAAUUAUUAAUUAGAAAAGUAUCGCGACUGAUUUCACUAAUUUUGGGUCGGUUCAUAUCUGACGGAACAUGCGUCGCGUAUUAUCGGUCGCGUAACGCCAGAACAGAUAAAUGUAUAGAAAAAUACUUGACCGUUCACACUCCACCGAUGAUACGUUCGACAUAUUUUACGUGUUAUAUGAACCGACUCUAUUAUUUAUUACAAGCCAUGAAAGGUUAUAAUAAGUUGAAGAAAUUGCAAGGAAAAUAUUAGAAGCAUUAAUUACUAAUAUCCCAUACAAACUGUUUUAUGAAUGACGUUAGAUUUCACGACACAUUCGUUAAAUUUUAUGGCAAUAAAACGUUCGCGGGGUCAGCUAGGUAACAAUAGAUAUUAGUAUAAAAAGUUAAAACUAUAAGGUAAAUGUUACAAGCGUGUAUAAAGCCUUAGUUAUUAGUGAUCUGUCGAUUAAGAAUGUCAAUAAAUAAAUAGAGCGUCGAAAUUGGAAUCAAUGCUAUAAGCGAAAUGGCAUUUCAGGUACGCGUCCACAGGCCCACGUCGUACGCAUCGCACGCAACGGAUUUUAGUUUGUCUUGUAUAGAAACUCAUACAACUGCGUCCACUUAUUCGCAUCAUCAGCAAUGCCGAUAUGCGAUGAGUACUAAUUAGAUUUAUACGGAACUAGAUAGACAGACUUUAUACGGAAUGCCGAUGCCAAAAAUCCGAGUAUAGUGCUAUGGGCAAUCCGACUGCUAAUACUCGCGUAGGCGUCGAUACAAUCGACGCAGUCUGAAAAAUUAAUCCGUUUGAUGCGAUCCGUCUGAUGCGUACGAUGCGGGUCUGUGGACGCUUACCCUAAGCGACACCGUCACACUAGAAAACUCUGCUUGACGUAAAUAUUGACAUAAGUCAGUAUUUAUCUCAUAAUAUUUUUUAUCCUCUCAAUCGCCUAGCGCUUAAUUGUCAUUUAGCCCGGACACCAAGUAUUUUGAGAAGCGAUAGGGUUAAAGCUUAGAAGUACUAGGACAACAGAAGCCCUAACAUCUUGCUCGCUAUAUAAAACCGUGGUCAGCGUAAUUCUGUUUAGAAAAAUCUAAGACUGAUAGAUCGCGUCUGAUAGCAGAUUUUCAAAAUAAACGUCUUUUAUUUUAAUAUCGCCUGAUCUGUCGAAGAACUAAUAUUAAAUACAUUAUUAAUUACCUAUUUUAAACCCUGUUCCGAAGCUGUAGAGUUUAAAUUAGAAAAUAAACAAAAUUACUAUCGACCAAAAAAGUCGAUGGUAUUAUUAUUUUCUUACAUAAGUUCAUUGUAACAGCUGUAAUAAAUUGUAGCUUUUCUAUGAAUAGUUCUAGAACAUUAUAUAUACGUCGUAACAUAAAACAGCUUUAACAAAUCACAUUUACAGUGUAGUCAACUGAUUUUAGACUCAGGCGCAAGCAAUAAGGCAAUGGUAACUAACUGUAUAAACUAUUGCAAGUGUUAUGUUAGUUAGUUAUGUGCACCGAUAGAUGGCGCUGAUAACAAGAAUGCAUUCUAUCUAUAAUAACACAUUCUAUACUCUAGUUUUUUACCUUCAUCGGUUGCCUAAGCUGUAAAUUGGAUUUGGUAAGUAUUUUAAAUAAAGUAUAAUGUAAUUACGGUCCAGUAGCUGAUCUUAGGAUAAAAAUAAUGGCAAUAUUAGUAAGUUAUAGAAGUGUACAGAUGUUUAAAUAGCAUUAUGUAACAUUAAGACUUAUUUCCGACGUUGCUGUGUAGGGAUGCGGGAUGAUGACCAAAUCUUUGUUACUAUCCGUCUGGUAGAUUAAUUUAAAACAUUACCAGUUACGUUUUUUUUUUUUUUUCUAAAGAUAUAAAAAAGCUAUCGGGUAUCGAUUUGAAAUAUCGUAUGACAUCACACUGUUUAAUUCGUGUAUAUUGUGUAUUUUAAUAUUGUUUUCUUGUACGCCUAAAUAAAAAUACUUGUCCUUA